AUGAAGGGGCUGAUCCUCGUAGGCGGCUUUGGCACGCGGCUGCGGCCGCUCACGCUGUCGUGCCCGAAGCCUCUGGUGGAGUUCUGCAACAAGUCGAUCGUGAUGCAUCAGAUCGAGGCGCUCGUGGCGGUUGGGGUGACGGAAGUAAUUUUGGCGGUAAACUACCAGCCCCAAGUAAUGCUAGCCGCUCUGGAGUCGAUGGAAGAGAAGUACCACAUCAAGAUCUCGUGUUCUCAUGAGACGGAGCCAUUGGGUACUGCUGGGCCAUUGGCUCUAGCACGGGAGCUACUGGAUGACGGCGACCCGUUCUUUGUGUUCAACAGUGACGUCAUUUGCGAGUACCGUCUGCAAGACUUUCUUGACUUCCACAAGGCUCAUGGGGCAGAAGGCACUUUGUUGGUAACCCGAGUGGACGAGCCGUCAAAAUACGGCGUGGUGAUUUCGAACGAUGACGGACAGAUUCAGCGCUUUGUGGAGAAGCCGCGUGAGUACGUGGGCAACAAGAUCAAUGCCGGCAUCUACAUUUUCAACCGUGAAGUGCUGGACCGUAUCCAGCUGCGUCCGACGUCGAUUGAGAAGGAGGUGUUCCCGCAAAUGGCAGCAGAAGGGACGUUGUUCUCGAUGGUGCUGUCGGGCUACUGGAUGGACAUUGGGCAGCCGAAAGAUUUUUUGUCGGGCAUGUGUUUGCAUUUGGACUUUGUGGAGCGCACGAAACCCGAGACUCUGUCGAUUGGAGAUAAGUACAUUGGCAAUGUGAUGGUGGACCCGACUGCGGUGAUCGGCGAGGGAUGCUUGAUUGGUCCGAACGUCGUCAUUGGUCCGGGAUGUGUGAUUGAAGAUGGCGUUCGACUAAGCCGGGCGACGCUGCUUCGUGGUGUAACGGUUCGCGCUCACGCAUGGAUCCAUUCGAGCAUCAUCGGAUGGGGCUCAACCAUUGGUCGAUGGUGCCGAAUCGAAGGGAUUACUGUUGUGGGCGACGAUGUGCAGGUAAAGGACGAAAAGUUUAUCAACGGCGGCCUCAUCCUGCCGCAUAAAGCCAUCUCGGACAGUAUCCCUGAUCCAGGUACCAUCGUCAUGUAA